GACUUUCAGAUGACAUUGACGCUAUGUAGAUGGGAGUUGAGAAUUGCGCUCCCCUCAACGUUUCUGGUUGUUGAUGUUAGACAGUUGCACAAGGCGAAGCGGCUGCUUCUCGUGUUGAUUCAGCCACCUCGUCAGCACCUAGCCGCUGGACAGCUCCCUGCAGCGGGAUACGUGCUCGCUCUCCUCUAAGACACUUUUGGCGCUUGUUCCAAGUCUUUUAAUGGAAAGACAAUAUCUUUAUGUUCCAAGUAAAACUGGAAGUUUACAACUUCAGGGGGAAUCUACGGAUACCUCGUUUCGAGAUUUGUGGCAGGCAGCACAUCGUCGGUGGCAGAGAGCACAGCUUUAUUGUAAGUAAAUUGAGUUAUUUGAUGUGUGUGUGAAUUACAAUUCCGUGAAUUGUUCAUUGUCAGUGAUAAUUACAGUGAUUAAACUCGUAUAGUUGAACGUGUCAGUAUGGAACGGUGCUAACCAUAAUUACGUUAGACCAUGUCUUAUAGCCAAUUAAAUGCAGAAUAUGGCACUCCUGGUUAAUUGAAUGGUUCAUAAAACUGUAAAUGUUUUGCCAUAUAGAAGUGCGUUUGGUUUUCUAUUCAUCGAAUAGAAUGGAAAACUAUUUGUGCAGCCUGAUGCGUAAAGCUUUAUGCUUUGGGCAUUCCUUUGUCUCCAAUGCAAUUGUGCUCCAGUUUGGUUGAGACAUUGCUGUAGGUUUUCCUGUCCACUGAAACCAGUGCAUAGGUAAUUAGUAAUCUUAUCUGCACGUGUCAAUUGCACGGUGUAAUUGUUGCUCUCUCAUGUUGGAUCUGCAUUUGUAAUUCUCGAAUGUUAUGUUGCGUUUUGCGCGUGAGCUGGAUGACUUGGAUUCUUAACAAUGUCUGAAAGUUUUUAUCUUUGCAAAUAAUAAUGCAUUCAGGCCUACUCGAUAAUGGACUGUAUUUCAAAUGCAAAUUGUGUUGAUGUGAUUUGUAAGAAUAUUGGGGGUGAGAGAAGUAGGCUAUAGCCCAAUCUACGCACAACCCAAUCGUCUGCGUUGCUUUAUGCGGGAAAAGGUCCUGUGCCAUCAUUGCUUUUUAUAGCAUUGUUGUGUCUCAGACUCUACAUUGCAUGUGAGACGGUUAUUAAUGUCUUGAGUGGAGUCGAUGGAAAACAUCUCACUUUCAAAAUGCUUUAUAUAUUUUCAGUAGCUUACAAAUAGCCUAGGUGUAUAUUGAACAGUCAAGCUACAUAUAAUGCCUGUAAAUGGCAGCUAUUUGUAAUUCACUCAUUGAAUUCGUUCUUAGAUUACAUUCUCAUUAUGGAGCUAAUCAAUUGUAAUUGUCAUCAUGUUGUCUAAUCCAUUUUCCAAUUUGAGUGCGCUCUCAAAAACCGACCAAUCACUCUAUUCACCGAUUCCAGGUUAACAGCAACUGACAAGCCGUGUCCCCAUUGCCAUCACCUGCUUCCAAGCUUCCAAACAUUUGGUUAAAAGGUUUUGGUCAAAAAUCGCGAAACUGCUGUCUGCGUGGACUGGUGCUGAAGCUCCCCGUCCCAAGGCCAGGACCACUACCAAAUCGAGAGACAUGGCGACGAACGGCACCAAAACGGAUGGACAAGUAACAGAACUUAACGAAGUGGCAACUAAUGUCAAACCCAAGUCACUGGACGUGAAAAGCGAAAAGACGAAAACGGAUCUUCCCGAAAGAGAAACAUGGGGAGGGAGAUUCGAUUUCCUUCUGUCGUGUGUAGGUUAUGCAAUUGGACUCGGAAACGUAUGGAGAUUUCCAUAUCUAUGUGGAAAAAACGGUGGAGGUAAACACGAUUUAAAAAAAAGUCAUAUAACGUAAGUUCAUUUCACUAUUCAGUAAGUGCUUCGUCCAUUUCGAGCACUCUUAUUAUUAUGUGAAAUGAAGAGUGAAUAUGUCCCUCGUGUAAGAGCGCAGACAGGCAUGAUUCUAAUCCUUAUUUAAUUAUUCCAAUUAGCUUCUACAGUGGGCUGCAAAUAACAUUCCAUUGCAUAUGUGUGGUUUUAUUCUGUCGUUUAUAUUUGGUUUGAUUUACUUGUAUCUAUGCAGGAGCCUUCUUGAUCCCCUAUUUUUUGACACUCAUAUUCGCUGGGAUGCCCCUGUUCCUGCUGGAGACCGCUCUUGGUCAGUACACCUCAAUUGGUGGGCUUGGAGUCUGGAAACUGGCUCCCGUGUUCAAAGGUAUACGUUCUACUCAUGCAAUGCUCUUACUGUAUCUUCUACAAUAUUUUUUAAAAAUCAAAUUCCUAAUUGCCUUGUGCAUCCUAUCUGUAUUGUGUGGUAUGCUAAUUACGGCCAUAACCAGAAAAUAUAGAGUUCUUCUGUAUAUCUCCUUGAAUAUGCUGGAGCAUUAGGAGCAUGCACAAAUAUGUCAUCCAUUUCCAUCUCAUAGGUGUUGGCCUUGCAGCAGCUGUCCUGUCCUUCUGGCUGAACAUUUAUUACAUUGUCAUCAUAGCCUGGGCCAUUUACUAUCUCUACAACUCCUUUACCACUGUAAGUACCACACCUUUACCUCCUACGAGCCACAUGGGGACGAGACGGACACGGGUUCCAGCUUUGCUCGCUGAGGAUUGUAACAUGCUUGUUGAUAUCAUGUGAGAUCUCUCAUUGUGUCAAGGAGGAAAACGCAUUAUCCUUCUGUUUUUCAGGAUCUUCCAUGGAGCUCAUGUGGCAAUUCAUGGAACACAGACAAAUGUUACUCAAACUACAGUAUUGUUGAUAACACCAAUCUUACCAGUGCGGUGAUGGAGUUUUGGGAGUAAGACAUUGACUGCUUUUUUCUUUGCUUCAGCACAGCAUUACAGUACCCUGCAUGCCUGCUUGAGAAGUAUAACAAGAAAGUCCCUUGCUACAAAGCAUUCUCCCAGUGUGUAUAAUAGUCUUAUUGUUGCUUAUAGGCGCAACAUGCAUCAAAUGACCGAUGGCUUGGAAAAACCAGGGCAGAUCCGAGCGCCACUGGCAAUAACACUGGCCAUCGCUUGGGUCCUGGUGUACUUCUGUAUCUGGAAAGGGGUGAGCUGGACUGGCAAGGUAAGAGAUUGGUUUCGCAUGGCAGAUUUAGGUGUAUGGAAAAGCUCUCUGGCAUCCAAUGUGUGACAGUGAUGCAAUAUUAAUCGUUGUCAUAUCACCUUCAUUAAUCAUUUAUAUUGCACCGACUAUUGUCCAGAUUGAUUUUAGAAUGAGAGGAGAUGCAUCAAACAUUCAGUAAUCAUGUGCAGGCUCAUGGCGCCUUCUUUAAUUCCAAUUCUCCUGACACAGAAUUGGGGAGGGGGAAUUUGAUGAUAGAAGGAGGAGCAACCAGCCCUCUAAAAUCUGGUUUUGUCCUUUCCUCUCCCCCUCAGUUGGAGCCAGUUCACUCCCUGGCGGUGCUACAUUUCGUAAAUCUAAUGUGUCAUGUGACCAUAGCAAAUAACGUUUGUUGUGGCCGCAAAACGCUCCACCCCCCUACGUUUUUUUGCUCUCAAAUCUCAUACGGGGUAUAAUAUAAGCAUAGCGAGAUGGCGUCUAAGCAAAUUUAAGCUUCAAUGAAUUUCUUUACUGGAUUUCUGUUUAUUCUCUUUUUUUCUGUUCUCUGUGCGAGAGACUGGAGGACAAGAAAUGAAUCGGUUUUCCUCUCUAGUGAAUAGGCAUUUGUUUAAGCUGAGACUGAAUUACAAAUGUGUUAAUUCAAUGGCGUAUAGCUCGUCUGCACUUAACAGUGUUAACAUGCAUUUGUUUCCUGCUGAUGGUGACUCAUUGAUUACAUUUUCUAGGUUGUGUACUUCUCUGCCACGUACCCCUAUUUCAUGCUAUUCAUUCUGUUCUGCCGUGGAGUUACUUUACCUGGUGCUAUGGAUGGAAUUCUCUUCUAUAUCACCCCUAACUUUGAAAAACUCAAAGAAUCUGAGGUAAUGAAUGAACUUAUCAUUCUAUGUAAGAUAAAUACUGUUAUGUGAGUCAGUCAUUUUUCAGCCUCCUUUGUCAAAAGGCUAAAUGGUUAUUUCCCCUUGUCAGGUAUGGCUGGAUGCUGCCACUCAGAUAUUCUUCUCCUACGGUUUGGGACUGGGCUCACUGAUAGCUCUUGGCAGCUAUAACCCUUUUAAUAAUAAUGUUUACAGGUAAGAUGGAGGUAGGCUUCUUUUAAAUGGAAAGAUAAUGUAUGAGGCAAGACUUGAAAAGGCAACCAUUAGACCAGUAUACCUUAAUGCAGGGGUCGGCUAAAUAUAUUAGGAUUUUAGUUUUGGGUCAAACAAUUAUAAAAUCACCAGAAAUCCAGCUAAAAUUUAGUUUAAUUGAGGAAAUCGGUUCCCAAGUAUUCCUACAAAUAAAAUAAAAAGAGUAAUGUGAUCGUGUCUCAAUGUAAUCAAGGUAUGAAAUUAUUGUUAUUUUCAAAUACAAUCUCUUUCUGGGCUUCGUUGUGGUCAAUUUGCAAUGUACAGAUUAUUAUGUUCCAGCCCCCCGACUAUCCUCUCCGACAAAAAUCCUCCCACGGCUGAAUCUAGUUGCCUACCUCUGCCUCAACAGUAUAUGUGUCUAUAAAGUGGACCUUACUAUUAGCCAUUUACAAUGAGAAACCUAGAUUAACGUUAUUACAAUCAAUACAGUAUUAUGAUUCAGUCUAAUAUGGGGCCCUUCAUACAGCUUUGGAUGUGCAUAGCAUAAAUAAAAGAAGAUUAGGCAAACAUUUCACAACAUCUUCUCCAAGCACAUCCAUGGUUCUAGGUCACACAAAUUGCUCAUCAGUUAUAUAAUAAUGUAGGCUCAACUUGCAUUAAUUUUAAUUUACUUGUUGUUUAUUAGUGGCCCAAAAUUAUUUUUGUGGUCCUCUGUAGCUCAAUUGGUAGAGCAUGGCGCUUGUAACGCCAGGGUAGUGGGUUCAAUCCCCGGGACCACCCAUACGUAAAAAUGUAUGCACACAUGACUGUAAGUCGCUUUGGAUAAAAGCGUCAGCUAAAUGGCAUAUUAUAUUAUUUAUUAUUAUUUAGCUAGGGGCCAAACUUUAUACCAUGCAAUUUGGUUUGUAAAUAAGGGUUGAUUUUUGGAAAACUCUUCUUUGCAAAUAGGGGCUUGGUAUCCAUAAAAAAUUGACAUUGCAUUAUUUAAUAUUUAGGUAUUACUGUGAUAUUUAACCUCUUUGGAUAAAGGAACAUUGUUCCCCAUUGGAAUGUUGAACAAAAAGCACAUUUCAAAUUGUUUUACUAUCUCAUUGCACACCUUUUAUGGCCUACCGAAACAUAUUAUUAAGCAGGGAUAUGUUUCCACUCAGCAAUAAUAAGGAAUAAGCUCUCUCUCCUGAGAAGGGCCUUUUUAGGAAUCCAUGAUGAUGCUACAGAAGAGAUGACAAAUCACUGUAAACUCUGACAACGGGACAUUUUCAUGUUUCCUUUCCCCAGAGACUCUAUCAUAGUGUGCUGCAUCAACUCCUUCACCAGCAUGUUUGCUGGCUUUGUCAUCUUCUCUAUUGUGGGCUUCAUGGCGAACGUGACUAAGAGGCCUAUACAAGAAGUUGCAGCUUCAGGUAAACCCAAUGCUCCCACUGUAAUUGCACCAUCAGUGCACAAUAGGGGCUAUCUAUUCUGACUUCUGCUCACAGCAAUCUAAAUCUCCUCCACUCCCACUGAAAUGUCACCUCUGCUUCUACCUCAAUCCACACAGAGAAAUGCAGCCAGGAGAAACUGUGAGCCAAUGUGUUGUGUUGUGUGUUUGGUAUGCAGGUCCAGGCCUGGCUUUCCUGGCCUACCCUGAGGCUGUGACCCAGCUGCCUGUCUCUCCUCUCUGGGCUAUCCUGUUCUUCUCCAUGCUGCUGAUGCUGGGGAUUGACAGUCAGGUAAGGCUGUUUUCAUAGACUGCUCCGCAAUCUCUUGGUGCUUUAGCCCAAUCCUCUCGCUAUCGUUCGCAUGCCAUGUCAGGGGAGUUGGCUAAAGCACCUACAGAUCUAGGACCAGGCUAGUGUGUUUAAAUAUGUAAGCACAGGUACAUAUCCCGCUGUUUUCCCCUGGUCUCUCUGCAUGAGAAGCUCAUUUCUGUUUUUUUCGUAAUGGACAGAUAUAGAUGAGCCUUGACUUUUACUGUCAACUCCUUUUAAUGCAACUAUGUCACCUCUCUCUUGGCCCCCAGGUGCUCUUUUGUCAUGCAUCUAGCUUGUGUAUGAUAUUUGGGUUACUGCAAGGCCACUGAGUCUGCUAGCAAUGAUACUAAAUGCUGCUACUCAUCUUCAUACAAAACAGAUAAAUCACAAGUUGACACACUAGUGCUAUUGCUAUUUUUGUGAUUAACCUUUAUUUUUAAUAUGGAACUGUAAAUAUUUAUACAGCAAGGGAAAUGGCUAUUUUGCAUGUUAGAGUUAUAUUUUCAAGGUGGCUGCCAAAAUGAUGUCUCUAGUAUUACAAAACGUUUAUUUAGGUAGUUCUGGAUAGAAUGUUGGUUAUCAUAUUGUAUGGCUUUCCAUUAUCUUAAUUAAUUCAAUAUAAUCCAUCAAUGUCUAUAAUCUUGGUCAUUAGUUACAACUGUUACAUGGUUAUCAUACUACUACAUGAACAUCAAUGUUAUAAAUAAACAAAUGUAUAUUUACCCAUUAAUUAAAAUUAAAGUACAACAAUGAUACUAUCCUUCAAGGGAUCCAUGUCCCAAUAAUUUACAAUUACCGGUGCUUCAUUUUUUUGGUCCUUUUAACUUUUUAUUUUAUAGAAAUUCAAAUUUACCAAAUUAUGCAGUUGAUACAAAUUCUUUUUUUUUGUCAAAUCAAAAUACAAACAGGAGCAAGACUGUCAAUGAUAGUAGAAACAUCAAAGUGGAACUGACAGCAUUUUGGCAACAUUAUUCAAAUCUAUUCAUAUACACCCCCAGGAAGAAUAUGACAUUUUUACGUUUUCAUAAAUUCUUAGAAUGUUUGGGAAUUACAUAUACUAAGGCAUUUGUGAAAAUUCUAUAGCAAUAUAGAGUGGGAAAGCAGCUAAGAGUGGGAAAGCGGCCAUGCGUUUGCACAAUUAAUAGACACUGCAGUGAAUAAAACCUAAGCACAGACCGGUGCACCAUAGCUACAGUAGGCCUUUAUGCAAACAAGCCAUUUGCCACACACACCUGCCAUCAUUCACUUUGAACUGGACUAUGUGUUUACAGGCAGUUGCAACAGCUUGACUUUAGAUCAUUAGAACGCAUUUGCCAAAAGCCACAAAAUACACCUGAAUGGAUUUCUGCAAAUGUCAAUACACGGGAGUCCUCUUACAUUUAGGAACUUUACAGUCCUAUUGAUCAAACAACCAUGAAAAGGUAGGCUCUCUCUCCCUCAGUUAAGCACAUCAACAACAACAAGAUCAGAAACUAAUGCUAGCCAGAGCAAGAUUAGGUAAAAUAUAAUGAAGGAACAUUAGAUAAACCAUCUCAAACUUUUUCAACUAGUUGGCCGUCAAAAUUGCACUGAAAGACGAUUGGGAAUUGUAGCCUACUCAUCCUUCUGUAGCUUGCCUGCAACCCAUCACCCAAGCUAACUGGCUAAAGUUGGUUAGCUUGCUAGCUAACUACUUCCAGACACAAAUGAGAGAACACCUCACUCUGACCAUUUUACUCGCCCUAGCAGAGCUGGUUAGGCUGUUUACAUGUUAUCUAGAGCGUUUGUGACUAACUAUUACUUUUUAAACCUACAUUUACUGACACCGGUCAUAUUCAGCAGGUGUUCGCGUUCGUAAAUUCAUCAGUUAUUCUAACUAGCUAUGCUCUGACACUCAGUGUUUUGAAAUCGGAGUAGAUAGCCAGAGUGAAUUUGCGAACGCAAAAUAUAUGCUAACUGUAUAACAGUUGUUCAAGUUCUUGCUAGCUAACCAAAUGACAUCGCUAACUGUGUAUAACCACCAAAGACGAUAUGAGGGGAAAAAGUCUCUCACUCACCCUCUCCUCCAAUGACAUGCAUGACAUGACAUCCUCCUAGCAGCUAGCUAGCUAGCUAGCAAGCUAACGGUAGGCUCCGUGUUUUUAGCUUGCUACAUACAUAAGAUACGCUAGCCUAUUAGCCACGUUAUGACUGACUUUGAUCAUUGCCCUUGCUAGUUUGAUUUUUUUGACAUUCCCCUUAGUUACAGUUGUCCGUUUUUUUUUUUUGGGGGGGGGGGGGGGGGGGGGGUAUACAGAAGAUAGCCCUAUUUGGUAAAAGACCAAGUCCAUAUUAUGGCAAGAACAGCUCAAAUAAGCAAAGAGAAACGACAGCCCAUCAUUACUUUAAGACAUGAAGGUCAGUCAAUACGGAACAUUUCAAGAACUUUGAAAGUUUCUUCAAGUGCACUCGCAAAAACCAUCAAGCUCUAUGAUGAAACUGGCUCUCAUGAGGACCGCCACAGGAAUGAAGACCCAGAGUUACCUCUGCUGCAGAGGAUAUGUUCAUUAGAGUUACCAGCCUCAGAAAUUGCAGCCCAAAUAAAUGCUUCACAGAGUUCAAGUAACAGACACAUCUCAACAUCAACUGUUCAGAGGGGACUGUGUGAAUCAGGCCUUCAUGGUCGAAUUGCUGCAAAGAAAUCACUACUAAAGGACACCAAUAAGAAGAAGAGACCUGCUUGGGCCAAGAAACACGAGCAAUGGACAUUAGACUGGUGGAAAUGUGUCCUUUGGUCUGGAGUCCAAAUUUGAGAUAUUUGGUUCCAACCGCCGUGUCUUUGUGAGAUGCAGUGUGGGUGAACGGAGGAUCUCCGCAUGUGUAGUUCCCACCGUAGAGCAUGGAGGAGGAGGUGUUAUGGGUGGGGGUGCUUUGCUGGUGACACUGUCUCUGAUUUAUUUAGAAUUCAAGGCACACUUAACCAGCAUGGCUACCACAGCAUUCUGCAGCAAUAUGCCAUCCCAUCUGGUUUGGGCUUAGUGGGACUAUUAUUUGUUUUUCAACAGGACAAUGACCCAACAGACCUCCAGGCUGUGUAAGGGCUAUUUUACCAAGUAGGAGAGUGAUGGAGUGCUGCAUCAGAUGACCUGGCCUCCACAAUCCCCCCGACCUCAACCCAAUUGAGAUGGUUUGGGAUGAGUCGGAUGGCAGAGUGAAGGAAAAGCAGCCAACAAGUGCUAAGCAUAUGUGGGAACUCCUUCAAGACUGUUGGAAAAGCAUUCCAGGUGAAGCUGGUUGAGAGAAUGCCAAGAGUGUGAAAAGCAUUCAUCAAGGCAAAGGGUGGCUAUUUGAAGAAUCUCAAAUAUAAAAUAUAUCUUGAUUUGUUUAACACUUUUUUGGUUACUACAUGAUUCCAUAUGUGUUAUUUCAUAGUUGUGAUGUCUUCACUAUUAUUCUACAAUGUAGAAAAUACUAAAAGUAAAGAAAAACCCUUGAAUGAGUAGGUGUGUCCAAACUGUUGACUGGUACUGUAGAUACUAAGCAAAAUACUGUAAAUAUCUCCCCUUUGUAACUGUGCGUCCACCCUAUUUGUGUGUGUCUGUGUGUAGUUCUGCACAGUGGAGGGCUUUAUCACAGCUCUGGUGGAUGAGUUUCCCAGGGCACUGAGGGGCAGGAGAGAGCUCUUCAUCGCUGCUGUCUGCCUGGUAUCGUACCUGAUCGGCCUGUCCAACAUCACACAGGUACAGCACAACUCUCUCUCUCUCUCUCUCUCUCUCUCUCUCUCUCUCUCUCUCUCUCUCUCUCUCUCUCUCUCUCUCUCUCUCUCUCUCUCUCUCUCUCUCUCUCUCUCUCUCUCUCUCUCUCUCUCUCUCUCUCUCUCUCUCUCUCUCUCUCUCUCUCUCUAUUAGCCAACCAUCAAGAUGAACUACAAAACCUCCAAGCUCAAUGAGACAGUAGUUGAUAAAAAUUGGAAUUACAUUGGAUAGCACUAUCGCUGUCUAAUUCUAUAUAAAAAGAACAGAUUUGUUUAGAGUAGAAAAUGGAUCCCAACCACCAUCUUUCCCUCUGAGAUGAGGACAUUAAUAUAACGUACAGACCAUAUGGUUUCUUAUCGUAGUAGGACUCAUCCUUCUGUGUUGUGUCACUAGGGAGGCCUGUACGUGUUCAAGCUCUUCGACUACUACUCUGCCAGUGGGAUGUGUCUCCUCUUCCUGGUGUUCUUCGAGUGCAUCUCCAUAUCCUGGUUCUAUGGUGGGUAGAGUCGCUAGACAACAUCAAAUACACACAGUAGCUACAUUAUUGCAGUGAACAGUAUACAUCAGAAACACCCUAUUUCAGCAUUACAAAAUGACUUGUUACAGUGAUGUAUGCUCAGGCAAGAGGUGAUGAACAAUGAAUGAACUAGACGCACUAGUUAAAUCUGAAGGUUGAAUGAUCAAAUAACCUCACAUUUCUCCAGAGACAUUAGUCCACCUUCAAACCCUGUUUACCCUUAGGGACAUAAACGCUGCUCACAUGUCCUAGACUACACCAGCUCUCCUCCCUCAUUACAAUUCAUGGCAGACCAGAGGAAAAUAGGAAGAAAUUGAAUUUGAAUAUUUUGAUCAUGCAUUCAUUUGUCUCGCAGGUGUGAACAAAUUCUAUGACAACAUCCAGGAGAUGAUUGGCUACAAGCCCUGUAUAUGGUGGAAGCUGUGCUGGGUCUGUUUCACCCCUCUCAUCGUGGCUGUAAGUAGUACACCAUACAUAUCCAAUAGAACAUCCAGUACCAUGACAUGAACAAAUAACAUCAAUAUGACCUGCCUCAAGCAAUUUUGAGACAGAGAAAGAAACUGACUGAGAAGAGGUGGUGUCAGGAUUAAUAAGGAUCGUACCAUGUCUCCCACAGGGGGUGUUUCUGUUCAGUGCAGUCCAAAUGGUUCCUCUCACCUUGAACAACUACGUGUUCCCUGCCUGGGGCCAGGGAGUGGGCUGGCUCAUGGCUCUGUCCUCCAUGGUCCUCAUCCCCGGAUACAUGGUCUACAUGUACUUCGGACUCAAGGGCACUUGGAAAGAGGUAAGCUACAUAAUGAUUUAUGGAAAUGGAAUGUUCUCCCAUUUCUCUAAGAGCAAGAUAAUAAAAGCAAUUUGGUGAUGAUUGAUAUGUUCCCCUAAUACAUUAUUAACAUGUGUUGAAGUAGUAAUUAUAUAAUUUCAGUCAGGUUCUCCUCUCUGGACAUGUUGGGGAUGCAUUCAUUGUGUUACUUAAUUAACGGUUUUGUUGUGAUUCUUUCUCAGCGCCUGCGGAUAAUGUUCCAGCCUCCUGCAGUGGUCCGACGACCACAGGAGAAUGGACCUGAGACAGUGGUUGCCGAGACCAACAUAGCGAGUCCCUCUAACGCGGCCAACCCAACUAGUCCUUCCAACCCGGCUAGUCCUGCCAACCCAACUGCUGCAAGCCCGGUUGCUGCAGCCCCGACCAACCCAGCACCUCCAGCCGUUCCAGCUACUCUGGCUAGCCCUGUGAACCCAACCAGUCCGAUCGUUCCAACUGUCCCUACCGUCCCUACCGUCCCUGCCACUCCAGCCAACCCGACCAGCCCUACCAGCCCACCACCCAAUCCGGUUAGCCCAACGGCAAAAGAGACGGCCAUCCCACCACCCAACAUAGUGAGCUCAACAAACCUGACCAACGCAGAGGCCAAUGUCUAGACCAGGCAGAACCCUCAUGGAGAACGUGUAGUCAACGGCGAACAUUACAAAGGACUUCCAAGAUUUUAAUUGAUUCACCUACCUCCAGGGGCAAUAUCUGAUCAAACCGGAUUUUAAAAUCAUGUUUAAUUUUUCUGCAUUUGUAAAACCAACCUGUUAAUGUCUUUUUAUUGGUAUGCAUUACAAAUACAAAUAUCAAAGACUGUUAGUGUUCACAAAAACUACCGUAAUCUGAGUAAAAAAUAUGUAAACAAACUGUGUAAUACUGUGAGAAAAGAAAACAACUAUUGAAAAUAUAGAAUAGCAAUUUGUUCAGUAUCUUCAUGAACCAAGUAAAUACAGUGUGACUAUAGUAGAGAUGAAGUACUAGUGAACAAAAUGGUCAACAUGGGAGAGUGCAAGGGACAGAGUCAAAUUAUCGUGGUUGUUUACUAAGCCUCACACAGUCAUCUCUUGACAAAACUUUGCACGCUGUGAGGCUGAUUACAGGCCACAUGGCAAUGGGGGAACUCUGAUGAAGAAGCACAAUGCCAAUAAGAAGUUUAAAGUCUAUGAACCCUGGAGUGAUCCAGUAUAUUUGUUGCAAAAUAUUUUGUGUGUGAGAGAGACUUUUUUUGAGUAAAAAAAUGAACUUUUAUGUGACUGAAACAUUUUUAGAAUUAUUUUUAAUAUGUUUUCUACUAUAAAUGUUGUGACCGAGGACCAAAAUCGUAGGCAGACGAAAGCAAAAAUGAUCUAUGCCAUGUAGUGUUUGGCUUGCGAAACACAGGGUAUCAAAAACGUACAAAAAAAUUAAUACAAAAGCACAAGGUAUAGAAAAGUGAUUUACAAACAUUGACUAUCCCUUGAUGCUGACAGUCAAUCUAGUUUACUUUUUUGCAUGCUUUCCUCAGGAACAUCAGAAAAAAAUUCCAGAAUGUCCCCUGACAGAUCUAAAACGAGAACAGAGAAGGCCUUAAGCCAGUUAUCAACCAAUUUAUACCAAGCCAUAGUCUGUUUGCAUGACUGGGCAGAUCUCUAGAAUAUCACUUUGUACACUAGCAAACAAUAUUGGACCAACUCUAUGUUUAAAAAUAUUCAUUUUUAUUUCACUUUAUGUGUAAUGAUCAAUUAUACUUUGAUCAAUUUGUAUUCAGCAAUACAUAUGUAGAUGUAUAGGUGCAGGCCAGUAGAAGAGUGGUCUGUUUCUCUUUUUGUUGUCUUUGCUUUACUAGUAAAAAGCACAAAGCUUUAAUUUCCACAGACUUUUGACAUGGUGUGUUGGCUUCUAUGGCGGCGGCAGUGAAAAGCAUCUGGUCGAACAAAACAUGUUUACUUUGAAAAGCAAAACAACCAAGUGAAAAUGUGAAAUGGCUACAGUUCAUGUCCUGUGAAUUUUGUAUAAAGUUACUCUACCACAGUUUUCUCUGGAACUUUGUUGUAAAACUGUACUGUGUAAAACAUGUAACUGUGAACGUCUGUAUGUUGAAAUGUUGAAAAAAUUCUAAAGAGUUGCUGUUUUCUGCAAUAAUAUUUUGAUCACAGAAACUAAAGCACAUAUCUUACAGAAAUAUACGAAAUGAUGAUGACAAUGAAGAUAUUGACGAUUAUAUUAAAAAUAGAAACUAUGUCUAGUAAAAUAUCAUAUUGUUUUGUAUAUUUAUAACUGUCUCACUGCCUAAUGCACAACAUAAUAUAAACAUGAUAUGUAUUUAAAUGGUGUCAUAUGAUAAAGCACGAUUGUCAUGUUAUACAAAAAGAAAAAAGCUGAAAAAAUAAAUAGUUAUAGAAAAUAUGAAUAACUGUCCUGCAUAUGUUCACUACUGCGCUC